AUGAAUCUCGCGGGUUUCCUUUAUUUCUUUCAAAUCGCCUUUUCGGUACCAAGCUUCGUUUUCUCUGGGGCGAUAGGCUCGUCCAAGACUUCACGGUUCGAAGUUCGCUCCCUGCCAGAUAGUCCUUCUCUGCCGACCAGCUGGGCUGGUCGGUUGCCAGUGCCGGGAGCGAAAAAUGGCAACGAAAUCUUUUUCUGGUUGUUCGAAACGGAGAAUUCAGCGUACGAUGAUAAUCUCAUCAUCUGGUUCAACGGCGGACCUGGGUGUUCGUCUUUGAUAGGUCUAACAACUGGAAAUGGCCCGAUCUCCUUCGUCGGUAACUCGACUCAUCUGAUGCGCAACCCAUACUCAUGGACUCGGCUGGGACAUGUCCUCUACGUGGAUCAGCCCGUCGGUACGGGCUUUUCGACCGCCAGCCAUCCCUACCCACUGCGCGACAACGAUGGCGUGACAGCAGACUUUGUCCAAUGGCUACAUACAUUCUUCAACCACUUCCCACGCCUCAAGUCCAAAAGAGUCCACCUAAUGGGUGAAUCCUGGGCCGGAAUCUACAUUCCCUACUUUGCAUCUGCACUACUCGAAGGCAAAUAUUCUCUCCCACUGAACAUCAAAUCCAUGUCGCUGGGUGACGGAUCCUGGGGCAACGCCGCCGCACUAUCAUCCGUGGCAAUCGGAACAUACAUGCACAUGCAAUCAUCCCGCCUCAACAUCCCCCAAAACAUCCUCUCCGCCUUCUCUGCAGCAGACAGCAUAUGCGGCUUCGACACCGUUCUCCAAGAAGCAGCCGUCUACCCACCAAAGAGCAAGAUCCACAUUCCCGGAAACCCGGAAUACUUCAACUACCGUUUUGAACGUCGCGACAUGACCAAUGUGCUGGAAGCAGCGUGCGACACGGACCCCAUCACACCCACCGAAGUAACAAACUCCAUCCUCAACUCCACCUGCUACGGACCCUGCGCUACAUACUCAACUGCCCUCGACUACAUGGACACGGCGUCGCUGGUAGAAACAGGAGCCGGGAUCCCAUGCUUCGACGUCUACGACAUAUCCCACAAUUGCAAUACUAUCGAUCCCCUGCCGCUCAUGGCGAAAUACUUCAGUCGCGCGGAUGUCCAGGCUGCGCUGCAUGUCAAAGAUAGUGGUGAUUACAUGGCUUGCAACUCGACCAUCCUGGGAACUCUCCUCGCGGCACCAUCAGCUGUCCCACCAGAAUAUUUCCUGCUCCCGAACUUGGUAACGAACCACAAUGUCUCGCUGCAUAUCUACAACGGCGAGUUGGAUAUGUUGAUCAACCAUAUCGGUACCGAACUCUCGAUUCAGAAUAUGACCUGGCGUGGAGCGCAGGGGUUCUCGAAAAAGCCGAGUCGUUUGUUCUAUGCUGAUGAUCCCGUGCCGGAGCCUGGGUCCGUCAGUCCGUUUAACGGUGACCCGGUUGGGACGUGGGGUGCGGAUAGGGGUGUGUCGUAUCAUCUAUUCCGUGGGGCUGGGCAUAGUGUAUUUGCGACGAAGCAGCGGGAGAUGUUUGCUUAUGUGCGGGAUGUGGUUGUGGGUGCGAAGGUGGGAUGA